AUGCCUCCCCUUUCACAAGACAAUGCACAUGAUCGUCCUCGAGCCAAGAAUCCAAUGAACCUCACCAUCAACACCUCUGGCGAAAUACCUGCCGGUGCCAACAAUUCCAAAAUCAACGAUCUACAGCCACCGCAUCAGGAAAGAUUCCCGCUUGAUUCGCCCAUCUUGGUAGAAAUCCCCAGCCCAGAGAAUUCCAGCGGCAGCGAGAAGGGCUCAAGAGCACAGCCAAAACUCGUCAACGCUGGUAUUAGUGGAAGCACCGGUAGCAAGGGUGAGAGUUUGAAUUUACAUGCUGAUUCGGCCUUGUCGAGGACAGAAUUUGAGCGUGCUAUACGUGCGCGGUUAGAGCAGGGAGACAAGGUCAUGCGGAAUAUGGGUUCUAAUACUCAACAGCAAAGGCCGGCGGGGUUGCAGCUCAUGACCGAAUUUUCGCGUGGUGAUGCGCAGAGUGAAAAGGCGUCGUUUCUCGAUUUGAGUGAUUUGAAAUCUAUCGCGAACGCACGCGAAAAGGAGAGAUUGGGGGACUAUAAUUCGUCGUCGCAGUCUCUGCAGCAGCCAGUUCAUGACAGAGCAGAAGGAUUGUCGCCGUCGGAUAGACCGAUUAUGAUUGGGUUGACGGUGCCGUAUGAUCAAUCGACUCGUACAAAUACAGCGACGGCAGUUGGGGAGACGAUUGAUAGUGCUUCGUCGCGGACACCGGCCACACCUUCGAUAGUUGUUACACCUGCACGAGAGCAUCCGCCGUGGCAUAUGGAUAUGCAUAUGGACAUGAGCACCAGUCCCGAAAUGCUUCACAGACCUCGCGCCGCAUCGAGUAUCUACUCACAGCCAUCGCCAAAGCCAAUGUAUGACGAGGAUGCGCCGCCCGUGCCUGCUAUUCCCGCCUUUCAUUCCGCGACUUCUUUUGAGCCUCACCAUCAACGGCCUAUAUCGACAGGCACAGAGUUCGAGGGCGAAGAGCAGGUCUCAUCAACCGAGAAGGACGUCUCCCCGACCACAACGAGAAAAAACAUGAAGAAAAAACUCCUCCACAAACUAAGCGUAAACACCUCCGACGCAAAUAGACCCCAGUCCCAAGGGUGGUGGACAUAUCUCCUGUCACCACUACUCAGUCGCUCAAAUACUGUCAGCAGUCGACGCACCGCGCUAAGUCCUCAGCAGCAUCAAACGCGAUCCGCUCGUUCGCCAUUAUCGGCUGUUUCGUUUAGUAAAGCGCUGUCACCACGUCAACCAACAAACGCAUCUGACGAAGGAGAAAGUACACACUGGUGGGACGACGAAAAGAUUGUCAUUCCACCCGCAGAUGCAGAAAAAUCGCAUUUUUCGCCUGAUACACCGGAAGAUAUGACCCGACACGUUCCGCCUAUUAUGGCGGGCAUUAAUUUUCACGAUGAGCAUGUAACUUCGACGAGAGCACUGCCCGAAGACGAGAAAGCAGACAAAACGCGAAGCGUCUUUCGCAUCGGCGAUGAGAUGGUCCCCAACUAUGAAUUCCAUGGCGCAAGGGCAGAGUAUUACCAGGCCAGUGCGCAUGAUUUGUAUGAUAAGGAAAAUCCGUAUUUUGAGUGUAUCAAUCACGUCUGCUCGAUGACUUCUGCCAAAAAGAGGGCCGAGUUUGAGGCUGCGGAGAAAGAGGCAGAACAAAAGAUGGCGGAGGAGGCGGAGAAUGGAAAAGGGGGUUUGGCCGUGUUUGUGUUUGAUCCUUCGAGAGAUGCGAAUAAUCCGUUUAUUGCAUUUUUGGAGAAGAGGGGCGAUGUCAAGGAGGUUGUCGUUGAUGGCGACGAUGAAGAAAAAGAUGACGAAAAUGGGGAGAAAGGAGAGGGCGAGGGUGAAGAAGAGGUGGAAAAGACGGGGUUGGGUAAUGCGCGAGAAUUACUGUCUUUUGAUAGUAGUGAUGAGGAUGAGGAUGAGGAUACGCCAGCUGAUGCAGAGAAAGAGCAUGCAAUGUCGAGAGGGCUGAGUCGGUCUCCUGAUCUGGGGCCGACUUCGAGAUCGGUUGCGUCGUUUUCUCCGCCGCCGCGAUCGCGAUAUGAGCCAUCUGUAACUCUGCCACCGGUCGAGGAGAGAGGUAUCGCUCCACCACCUGCUCCUUCAUCUGUGAGUUAUCCAAGGGAAAUGAGUCCACCGCCAGCUCCAGCUCCACUUCCAGUGUCUGCACCAGCUCCUCCAUAUGCUCCUCCCGCUCCCAUACCAGCACCAGCACCAGCACCAGCACCGGCUGUGGCAGCUCCUCCACCAGUACAAAUGCCAAUGAUGCCACCACCUCAACCUCGCGCUUUUUCUCCAGAACCAGUACCCAUGCCCAUGCCACCACCUCCCCAGCCUCGUGCAUUCUCACCUGAACCGGUGGCUAUGCCAAUGCCUCCAGCACCAGUUCCAGCACCAGCMCCUCCUCCGCCUCAAGCCCCAGUCCCUAUGCCAAUGCCAGUAUUACAAUCGGCGCCAGUGGAUGAGCGUGGACCAGUUGCAAUGCCUCCACCUCAACCUCCAUCGGAUGAUGCAACUCGUGGAAUACCAGGUGGCUACCAAUGGGAGCCUGCUCCAGUUGCUCGUGCCAUGUCUCCGCCCAGAAUGACGAGAGUUGCUUCACCACCUAUGCCACCUGCAGCACCGGUGCCAAUGUCUGAAUCACGGGAAGUUGAGGAGCCAGUUUUACGACCAGGGCCAUUUUCGGAACGAGAUGCAGGACCAGUACCCUCGUUCAGUCGACCAACCCCGUUCUUAGCACCACGACGUGUUCCUCAGCCUCCUUCUUCUGCUGCACCGCAACAAAGCGCUACAGAUGCUCCUGCCGAUGAGUCAGACGCCGAGUCGGUGCUACCGCCAUAUUCUCGAAACGCACCUCGCCAACCAGGUCUUCCUACCUACAGUGCACGCGAUCAAUCCGAACACCAUGACCGAGCCCCAGUCGCACCAGGACCAGUUUCACCCGGCUUACAACAAGCAAUGACGAGUCGCGGCGGCAUCCCCAUGUCCGACGUUAGUCAACGCACCCGCGAUAUGGACUUCAGUGACACAGCAUCCAUUUCUCGACCUAGCGAACCCCGAACAAUCAUCAAUGUCCAUCACUACUACAACGGCGAACACCCGCGUGACGCACCCGAACCACCCCGUCCCGCAGGAAAUCAGUUCGUUUCUGAAGCCGAUCUGCAACUGCGCAACGAGAACGAAGCUCGACGCCAACGCCUCGAAAAAGAAGACAAUCUCGCCAAAAAGGUUGGUGGUUUCUGGCGCGGAAGAGGUUGCAUUCCUAAAAAAGGAUGUUUCGGCCGUCGAGGUGGUCGUGAGGAACGAACGCGUAGACGAUGGUAUGCGGCUAUUAUCGCAUUUUGUAUAUUGGUUAUCGUGCUAUCGAUCUCCCUCGCGACCACACUUACGCGGAAAGGUGAUAGGAUGUCAGUGGAAUCGCAGUGGUUGAACAUCACUGGCUUUCCACCCAUUCCUACUGGAAUCAUGACAGUUGCAGGGCCAGCACCAGCCGUGGAGAGAAGCAGCUGCGUUGCGCCGACCUCGAUCUGGAGCUGCGCCCUACCACCUGAGCAACAAGCCAGUAAUGCAGGUGGAUAUGCAGCCGAUGCACCGAAUUUCAGGAUUGAAAUUCGCUUCAGGAAUGAUUCUUCAUUAUUGUCAAAUAGUACUGCCAAUUCGACCACGACGAAAAGGUCGUGGGGAGGUAUAUUUCGAAGGGAUGACUGGACUGCGUCGCCGGCGGCGCCAAGGUUGGUGGAUCAGAUAUUUCUGGGGAAUACGACGGAUAAUGUCACGACGCCGUUUCAGGGGGAGGAUACGCCGUUUUAUAUUACGUUUUUAUCGCCGGUCGAUGUGGCGAACGCGUCGGCGGAGUAUGUGAAGAGAGAUGUGUCAAGUACGGUGGCUGCAACCUCGACAGGGACAGGCACUGCGAUUGCGACUGGGACUGGUACUGGUACUGGUACUACUCAAAGUGCAACGGGGACAGCAACUGGCACAGCCGUCAUCAAGACGGAGACCGGCACCCAGACACAAACCGGCACCAGCACAACAACUAGCUCCUCAACCCCCGAAGUCAACGUAGCCAACCUCAUCCCCGCCCCUGAUCUAGCAUCCGACGGUACCGCAGCAGCAGCAACUCUCUACCCCUUACCCAUCCAACAACCCAUCAAACUCUACAACCGCGGCCUUCCCACCGAACACUACGGCUUUUUCACGUACUUUGACAAGAGCAUAUUCCUUGCCUCGGACGCGCCGAUCACUGGCGGCAGCACAGAUACCGAUUCGCGAGACGUUAAUGGCGGCAGCACAGAGACAGAGGCAAGUGUUCGCUGCACAUGGUCUCAGACACGCUUUUUAGUACAGAUAUGGACCCAGCCACAGAACGUGACGCACAUGAGUCUCAGUGCUCUCUCGAAUACGACCGCUACUAACUCAUCAUCAUCAUCAUCAUCAUCAUCAUCAUCAUCAUCAUCAUCAUCGACGACGUCAGCAUCAGUAGCAACCGCAUCGUCAACAAGCAGCUCAAUCGCAACCUCCUCAGCAAACAAUUUUACCUCUCCCGGCUCAUUCCCCUACCCAAUCACAAUUACAAUCGACCGCCACGGCGGCAUCGCAACCGAGAAACUAGCCUACUGCUACGGCAUCGAGCAACAAAACUCUUCCUCAUCCUCUUCUAGUGCCGUGGCAGGGGCGUAUUACAACCUCACAAACCCAAAACUGCAAGCCGAACAACGCAACUCAGGCGGAUCUAUCGUCUCCCCUUCUCCGGAUUACUUUGUGCUUGCCGCUGCGCUUGCGUCGGGCGCAACGCCUGAUCAGGAAAGUCCUGUUGAUGGAGGGACGGGGGGUUGUAUGUGUGAGUGGAGGAAUUGGAUUGAGACGAGUUAA